CUCAUCAAGUUUGGGGAGCAAUUUAUCGUUCUUAUUUUGUUCGAUUUGUACAUUCUGUACGAUUUCAUUUCGCAAUUUUAUAUAUAUAUAUAUAUAUAAACCCCAUCCCAUUAGCAGGUCGGGGAGCGGCUUAAAACCUGGGCGGAGAUCUCGACACCAACUUUACACCUGAGUGAAAGGUCGCUGGAGGAAGGGAAUUGCGGCGGGUGUGUGAAAAUGGCGACCAGGGAGACAUCGCUCUGCCAAUGUCCACUUUAGGUAGCAAUUGAGGCUGUCGGCGGCGGCCACAUCGACCCCUUCAUUUCUUCAACAGCAGGUCGGACAAAGUGCAGAGCGACAUGUCAGCCUCGGAACUUUACAGCAAGUACACAAAGGUUUGGAUUCCUGAUCCAGAGGAUGUUUGGAGAUCAGCAGAAGUCACCAAGGAUUACAAAGAAGAUGAUGCAAUCCUUCACCUCAAACUGGAAGAUGAAAUGCCGCUUGAGUAUCCCAUCAACUCAAAGGCAGAGCAGUUACCUUUCCUGCGCAAUCCUGAUAUUCUGGUUGGUGAGAAUGAUCUGACUGCUCUCAGUUAUCUACAUGAACCUGCAGUGCUCCAUAACUUAAAGGUCCGCUUCCUCGAGUCCAAUGCCAUAUACACGUACUGUGGUAUUGUGCUGGUUGCUAUCAAUCCCUAUGAACAGUUGCCAAUUUAUGGAGAAGAUGUCAUUCAAGCUUAUAGUGGACAGAACAUGGGGGACAUGGACCCCCAUAUCUUCGCAGUGGCCGAAGAAGCGUACAAACAAAUGGCUAGAGAUGAGAAGAACCAAUCCAUUAUUGUAAGUGGGGAGUCUGGAGCUGGGAAGACAGUGUCUGCUAAGUAUGCCAUGCGUUAUUUCGCUACUGUUGGUGGAUCAGCCAAUGAAGCAAAUGUUGAAGAAAAAGUACUGGCCUCAAGUCCAAUUAUGGAGGCCAUUGGUAAUGCUAAAACAACAAGGAAUGAUAACAGCAGCCGCUUUGGGAAAUACAUCCAAAUCGGUUUUGACCGACAAUAUUAUAUAAUUGGUGCCAAUAUGCGAACAUAUCUGCUCGAAAAGUCCAGAGUGGUUUUCCAGGCAGAAGAUGAACGUAACUACCACAUUUUCUACCAGCUGUGUGCCUCGGCCAAUCGACCUGAUUUCAAAGAACUGAACCUAAGUAGUGCAGAAGACUAUUUUUAUACCACACAGGGCGGUGACACAUUAAUAGAUGGAGUUAAUGAUGCUGAAGAUUUUGAGAGGACAUGGAAUGCCUUCACGCUGCUUGGUGUAAAGGAUGCACACCAGAUGAACAUUUAUAGAGUAAUAGCUUCAAUUCUCCACCUGGGAAACGUGGGAAUCGUGUCUGAAAGAGAUGCAGACACUUGCGGCAUUGCUAAAAAAGAUGAGCACUUGAACUACUUCUGUGAUUUACUGGGAGUGGAGCACGAUCAGAUGCAACACUGGCUGUGUCACCGCAAGCUUGUCACAACAUCCGAGACCUAUAUCAAGACUAUGUCCAAGCAGCAUGCCAUCAAUGCCAGAAAUGCACUGGCCAAGCACAUUUACGCCCAGCUUUUCAACUGGAUUGUGGAUCACAUUAAUAAAGCACUGCACACAACCAGCAAACAGCACUCAUUCAUUGGAGUAUUGGAUAUUUACGGGUUUGAAACAUUUGAAAUCAACAGUUUUGAACAGUUUUGCAUCAACUAUGCCAAUGAAAAACUGCAGCAGCAAUUUAAUCUGCAUGUCUUCAAACUGGAACAGGAGGAAUACAUGAAGGAACAAAUACCAUGGACCCUUAUUGAUUUCUAUGACAAUCAACCUUGUAUUGACCUUAUUGAGGCUAAAUUGGGCAUUUUAGACCUGUUGGAUGAAGAAUGCAAGAUGCCAAAAGGGACAGACCAGAGCUGGGCGCAGAAGCUCUAUGACCGCCAUUCAAGCAGCGUACACUUUCAGAAACCCCGAAUGUCCAACAUUGCUUUUGUUGUUAUACAUUUUGCUGAUAAGGUGGAGUAUCAGUGUGAUGGAUUUCUGGAGAAAAACAGAGACACAGUGCACGAGGAGCAGAUCAACAUACUGAAGGCCAGCAAGUAUCAGCUGGUGGCCGAUCUGUUCCAGGAUGAGAAGGAACCUGCUACUUCCAACGUAAAGGUGAAAACUUCAAAAAUAAACAUUCGACCACUCAAACCUGCCAUGAAAGCACCCAAUAAAGAGCACAAGAAAACCGUUGGACAUCAGUUUCGUAACUCACUGCACCUACUCAUGGAGACCCUGAAUGCUACAACACCACACUAUGUACGCUGCAUCAAGCCAAAUGAUGAGAAAUCUGCAUUCUUAUUUGAUCCCAAACGAGCUGUACAGCAGCUCCGGGCCUGUGGAGUUUUGGAGACUAUCCGCAUCAGUGCUGCGGGAUACCCAUCUAGGUGGACAUACCAUGAAUUUUUCAACCGAUAUCGAGUCCUGAUGACAAAGAAGAACAUAAUGUUAAAUGAUAAGAAAGAGACCUGUAAGAGGCUUCUUGAAAUUGUUAUCAAGGAUCCUGAUAAAUUCCAGUUUGGCCGAACCAAAAUCUUCUUCCGUGCUGGCCAGGUGGCAUAUCUGGAAAAACUCCGGGCCGAUAAGUUCCGAGCUGCAUGUAUGAUGAUACAGAAAACCGUUCGUGGUUGGUUACAGAGAACCAAGUACAGACGGAUGAGGAAAGCUGCCAUCACUAUUCAGAAACAUGUUCGGGGCUACCAAGCCCGCAGGCUGGUGGAUUUCCUACGGAAAACAAGGGCGGUGAUAGUUUUCCAGAAGCAGUACAGGAUGCUUGCUGUGCGACGUGAGUACCUGCAAAUUCGCAAUGCAGCCAUCACGAUUCAGGCUUAUACUCGUGGAAGGUUUGUCAGGCAAGUGUACCAUGAGUUGCUAAGGCAGCACAAAGCCACUAUUAUUCAGAAGUGUGUAAGGGGCUGGAUGGCUCGAAAGAAGUUUUGCAAGGUGCGCAAUGUGGUCAUCUAUCUCCAAUGCUGCUACCGGCGCAUGAAGGCACGCCGUGAGUUAAAGACACUGAAGAUUGAAGCAAGGUCAGUAGAACACUACAAGAAACUCACCAGCGGAAUGGAGAAUAAAGUGGUUCAGCUUCAAAGAAAGGUAGAUGAUCAGAACAAGGAGCACAAGGUGUUGACCGAGCAGCUGAUGGCAGUGACCUCGGCACAAGCUACUGAAAUCAAUAAACUUAGCAAGGAGUUGGACCGAUGGCGUGAACAGCAGGGAGAUGAGAACCGAGCAAAUAGUUUACAGGAGGAGAUUGAGAAACUUCACAAGGAACUCGAGAAAUCCCAGACAGAACGCAAAAUCCUGGUAGACGCCCACACCAGAGAGAAAGCAGAACUUCAGCAGCGUGUGCUGGAUCUGGAGAAGGAGAACACACUGCUGAAAGAUGAGAAAGAGGAACUGAACCAGAGCAUCAAGAAUGAGUCCAAGGAUCUAGCAGAAAGAUUUACACAGAAGACAGCGAAGGAAAAUGAGCUGGCAAAGAAGGAACUGGAUGAAGAACGCUCUCGUUAUCAAAACCUCCUGAAAGAGUAUUCCCGUCUGGAGCAGCGCUACGACAAUCUGCGUGAGGAGAUUACCUUAAUUAAGCACACUCCAGGCCACCGGAGAAACCCCUCCAAUCAAAGCAGUCUCGGAUCAGAUUCUAACUACCCUUCCAUCUCUACAUCUGAGGUUGGGGAUACAGAGGAUGCAGUACAGUUGGUGGAGGAAGCUGGCUUGGAGAAUGCUGCCAUGGAUAUGACUAUAUUCCUGAAACUGCAGAAGCGAGUACGGGAACUGGAACAAGAAAGAAAGUCACUGCGAACUGAGAUUGAGCAAAAAGAAGCUGCGGAAACAAAAAAGGUGGUGAAUGAGUACAACAGCAUCCCAGACAAUGAACAAACAGCAGACUUGGCCUAUGACAGUUUAAAGCGACAAGAGCUGGAAUCUGAAAACAAGAAACUGAAGAAUGAGCUCAAUGAGCUGAGAAAAACCAUAGCAGAGAAGGCAAUUGGGGAGAAUCCAACUAACGAUGUGGAAAAUGCUUACACUGUAUUGCUAAAUCAGCUGAGGGUAGCCAAUGAGGAGCUAGAAGUGCGCAAGGAGGAGGUUCUCAUGCUGAGAACUCAAAUUGUUGAUGCUGCUCGCCAGAAGGAGGUGACCGGAAGCAUGGAUAAAGUGACUGAGAAGUAUGAGUGGAAAAGAAGUAAUGAAAACACAGAGAAGGAUGAUGUCAUUGAGGCUUACAAUGGUAUAUGUGAGACCAACAGGCUGCUGGAGGCACAGUUGCAGGCUCAGAUCAGGCAACAUGAGGAAGAGGUGGAAAGAAUGAGGACUCAGAUCGAGGUUCUGAAAGAGGAUAUGGAAAAGCAGCAGCAUGUCCUCACACAGACACUACAGAUGUCUCCAGAAGCACGCAUUGAAUAUAAUGUGCAACAGGAGAUCACACGCCUCACCAAUGAGAAUCUGGACCUUAAAGAGCUGGUAGAGAAACAGGAGAAGAAUGAGAAAAAGCUGAAGAAGCAACUCAAGAUCCACAUGAAGAAAGUUCAAGAGCUUGAAGCAAGGAACUCAGUCCAGAAGGAGCCAAGGCCUGAACUAACCAGGCAGGUCACUGUGCAACGUAAAGAGAAGGAGUUUCAGGGAAUGUUGGAAUAUCACAAGGAGGAUGAAUCCCUGCUGAUUCGCAACCUCAUCACAGACCUGAAGCCUCAAGCAGUCUCUGCCACAGUGCCAGGCCUACCUGCAUAUAUCCUCUUUAUGUGCCUUAGACAUGCAGAUUAUACUAAUGACGACCAGAAAGUCCACUCACUCCUCACUAGUACCAUCAAUGGCAUCAAGAAAGUAUUAAAGAAACAUAAUGAUGACUUUGAAAUAACUUCAUUUUGGUUGUCCAACAGUUGCCGCCUGCUACACUGUUUAAAACAAUAUAGUGGAGAUGAAGAUUUUAUGAAGCAGAAUAAUACUCGGCAGAAUGAGCACAGCCUCAAGAACUUUGACCUCACGGAGUAUCGUCAGGUUCUAAGUGACCUCUCUAUUCAGAUCUAUCAGCAGAUGAUUAAGGUUGCAGAAGGUCUCCUUCAGACCUUGAUAGUUUCUGCAAUGUUGGAAAAUGAGAGCAUUCAGGGUCUGUCCAGUGUGAAACCCAUGGGCUACAGGAAACGUUCUUCCAGCCGGGUGGACGGGGACAGCAGCUACACAUUAGAGGCCAUGCUACGUCAGCUUAACCUGUUAAACAACACUAUGUGUGAGCAUGGACUUGAUCCUGAGAUUAUCCAGCAGGUCUUUCGGCAGCUUUUCUACAUUAUCAAUGCUGUCACACUUAACAAUCUGCUACUGAGGAAGGACGUGUGCUCAUGGAGUACCGGAAUGCAGCUCAGGUACAACAUUAGUCAAUUAGAAGAGUGGCUUCGAGGAAAAAAUUUACAUCAGAGUGGAGCUGUGAAGACAAUGGAGCCUCUAAUACAGGCUGCACAGCUCCUUCAAGUGAAGAAGAAAACAAGUGAUGAUGCUGCAGCUAUCUGUUCAAUGUGUAUAGCUCUUAACCCACAGCAGAUUGUCAAGAUUUUAAACCUCUACACACCAGUGAAUGAGUUUGAAGAACGUGUGACAGUAGCCUUCAUUAGAAAUAUUCAGUCCUGUUUACAAGACCGCAAUGAACCUCCUCAACUAUUACUGGACUUCAAACAUAUGUUUCCUGUUAUAUUUCCAUUCAACCCUUCUGCACUCAACCUGGAUACCAUUCACAUGCCAGCGAAUUUGAACUUAACUUUCCUCAACAGAGUAUAGAACAAAAUUGUGUGGCUGUGGAAGGACGGAUGGAGAGGGAAGAAAGCUGAAUCUUGGAUAAUUGCUGCCUUUAAAUAAAAAAUUAUUAUGGAAAGAAAUAAUUGCACAAGAUCAAUUCAAAAUCUGACUGGAAGCUUAAAUAACCCACCUAUUUAAAAAAAAAAUCUACUAGAGGCCAUUUGAGAAGUAUUUGGAGGGAACGGCUAGCAUUUAGUGAUGGACCAUGAUUUUUUUUUAUAAUUUAAAAAGCAGUGACUAUUUAUUGGGUAUAAUGUAAAAAAAAAUCAACAGCAGCCCUGUUAUGUAACCAAAAGAAAAUACUGGGAUUCAUAAUGUAAAAGCAAAAAACUGCGGAUGUUGGAUAUCAUGUGCUCCCUGCAUGGUUAAUAGCUCAAACCUGCAUUCUUUUGACUUCCUUGCAAAGUUCAAGCACCUUAUUUUGUAUUUAGUCAGUGUGGGAUUAUUCUCUAGAUGAAUAAUGAACUGUGUAGAUAAAAGGAAAUGAAUGAAAAUGCAAGUAGAGAUGGACUUUGGUUCUGCUGAGUGUACAACCAGUUUGGAACAGAUAUCACCUUUCUGCUAAACACAUAAGUAAUUCCUCGUUCCUGCUCUGACUAUAGCUGAGAACUUGUUUAACACUUGUGUAAUUUAUUAUUUCAGCUAUUAAUUACAGUGCUUCUAUCACUGCUUGUUUGGCUCUUGGUCAAAGAGGGACUUUGAGCUGGUUGCUGCACACUUACAUUGUAGGUGUGACUCUUAAGUGAGGAUCAUCUUAGCUUUGGGAUUGUAUUUGACUCAUUAAAGGGAUAAAUUUGGCAAUGCCGUGUGUAACCCCUUGAAGCAAUGACAUCUAAGUUGAAGCCAAAAAUUGUGAAAUUGUAAUUUGCAGGAACUAACCUGCACUCAUCCCAAAAAUCAAGAUGAUGAUCUGCAUUAAUUGUAAAAUCUAAGUAAUGUCUGAUACAUCACAGUGCUACUUUCAGAAAUAGUCUUCCAGUGCUGAGACAGCAGAACCCCACUGGCAAAGUCAGUGCCUUGCUGAAUAUUUAAAUCUAGCAAACAUUUUGGUUUUGUUUGGAUAUAAGUUGCUUGUUGUUAAUGGUCAAUUACCUUUAGAUUUAUCACGUCCUACUCCCCGCCACCUUCCAUAUGUAGACUGCAUGUGCCUAUACACCUCUAUUGGCUGAAAUUUGAAUUCAGCGCUUCAAAAGUGAAUGUUAGAUCACUACAACAUUUGAAUUGAUAGUAGUUUUUCCAAUAACACAUUCCUAGUUAGCAGUAGGAUUAACAACUCCUAUCAAGAACAUUGAUUAUUCUUACCUACAAGUACACUUGUUAAACACAUGGAACAUAUCAGCCAGUAGUAUGAACCACAGGUCAUUAAGUUUCAUGAUCUAGAACCAUAAUCUUUUCUCUGAUUUUCUCCUUUUAACCACUGAUCCCCAAUGCAUGAAUUCAAUUGCACCUUUUCAAUACAAAGCCUACAGUAUCCACACACUUACAUAACAGCAAACAAAACAUCUCAUCCUCAGAUGCAUCAUCAUCUCUUCCUGUUCCUCUUUCUCAGCUGAUUUUCCCAUCUUCCCCCUGGAGCAAUAAAGUGGAACCAAGGAAGUGGCAAAGCCUUGAACCAGUCCUUUCAGGCUAUCUAAUAAAUUCAGUGCUUGCUAAUGGAAAUGGGUGAAAUAAUUAAAGUAAUUUGGUUAUGAAAGACAAUGUACAUUAAAAUGCAGUGAUUAGAAGCUAGAACAUUACACAUCUUAGAUUGGUGUAAUUUCUCUUGAAUAAAUUUAAUUCAGGUGGUCUUUGGUUGAAAAUGGUCAUUUGUUUUUGAUCUAGAUUCAUGGAAACAAAAUGAUAGGGCAGAAAUACAUAACUAUAAGACCUGAUCAAGAUGCAUGGAAAACUGAUGCAGUUUCAGCAUUAUGCUCUGAUAUGAUCAGGAGAGAAGAAUCAACCACAAAGGAUGUAAUUAAAGGCAGUCUGUCCAAGGACAGUAAUUAUACUGUUUGAAAUUGACUGCAUGCCUUAUCAGCAACAUGACUCAUUUAUCACAAUGAGAUGAUUGUAGAAUAAAUCAGAGUUCUCUUGAUGGUUGGGUGGUUAAAUGCACCACAUGCUGUAUUAAAUCAUAAAGACCACAUUCAAUCGCUAGUGUACUGAGUUAGCUGAUUUCAACCAGAUGACAGUGGAGGUGCUACAUCCAAAUCUAAUAAAGGGUUAAAACUCAGCUUGGGUAGUGUAAUGGUAAUAGCCAAUGACCCCAGUCAGAAAGUGUUUUGGAGAGAUGCCCUUCAUUGUCAAGUAGGCUUGUACUUUCACAUUCUGGACUGACACAUGAUGAAAGGCCACACAGUAGAGGACUGUGGAAUCCAAUCACAGCAAGAGCUAGUACUUUCAAGAGGAAGUUUUUCAUGCAGUGAGUUAUGAUCUGAUGUGUACUGCUGGAAAGAGUGCUGGGAGAAGAUCCAAUAGUGAUUUGCGUAUUUCAUUAUGAUGACCAAACUUGCCAGAUUGUCAUAAAACCCCCAAGUCUGGCUGCUCAUGGUGGAAGUAUCACUGGGUAUUAAAAAGCUCGAGGACCUUUCAGACGUACUUUCAAAGGAUUGUGAUAAAUGGAGACCAAGCACUUUCAUUGUAAACUCCCCCCUCCAAGUUCAGCCAUUAAUAUUUUUUUAUAUAACGUGCCACUGUAUUACUUCUGAAUGAUUUUUUGAGUUGAUUGAACAUUGGAUAUGAUGGUAGACAUUGACCAGGACAUUUGGUAAGUUAGUGCUUGAUGACAUACUGAUCAAUUGAAUUUGUGAAUUAAUCACCGCAAGUUAUUUGAUUUUAAUCUGGAUGUAUUUGUUUCCUAAUAUAUUUGAAGCCAGAAUUAUUCUAUCAAAUGGUCUAUAACAAACACAACUGUCAUGAUGCAUGUUCCUGUGCACUUGGAAUGCCUGAACAAUGGUGGAUCAGAUUAAUGGAAAGUUCUGAUUGCUGUCCCUUUUCAUAAGGUAUUCUUAUAAAGGAGCAAUAUCUUUGUGAAAAUGUAAAUUUUUGUACUUGAGGAGGAAGAGCCAGGUGACAUCAUGGUCAUGAUGACCCAUUUAAUCAGUAUUUAUAUCAUCACGCUAUCUGCAACUAGCUAGGGAUAGAUCUUCGACGGUGUCUCUAACACCUGUGAAGGGCAAAAAAAUAAUUAAUUUAUCCAUUGUUUUUAUGGAAUUCCACAAAGACAACAUGCCAAAGUUUGGCAUCUCCAAGUAAUAUUCUGAUGUCAUUCUAGACCUGAGGUUUGGACAUCAGACACUGGAAUUCUUGCAUCAGAUGUAUUGAAAUUUCAGAAUUAAGUGAAUAUUUUGAGAUUGGCACCCAUUUUGCUUAAUUAAAAAUUGAAAAUUCAUAUAAUGCAUGAAAAUGAGAGAUUUGAGGUAAUUUGCAAUAAGUGAUACCUUGUGAGUGACCACAAGGCAUCUUCAUGAUUUAGCCCUGAUAGAGGGCUUGGUAUAACUGUACAGUAAUUUAUCAAAGUUGUUUUACAUUGAUCAAUAUUCAAGCGUGUUAAGCUUACUGGCCAAUAUAGGAUUGGUUGGGUGGUUGAGGGAAAUUAGGCUGCCUGUGUAGUAAAGAUUAAAAACGGUAGGAAUUGCUUCUCCCUUCCUUUGAUGAUUCAACAACAAUAAAAAAAACAAUGUAUUCAUAGGAAGAUUUACAGGGUGAACUUUAUAGCCCUUCCUGAUACUUUUGUCUUUUUUUGCACUAGUUUGAUUUUUUAAAUAAGCUUUUUGUUAAACAAAAAACAAGUAAAAAUCUUGGAAGGGAGAGGUGACUAUCACCAGUAUUGGUAACAUCUGCUACAGUUGGCUGAUUAUUGGUCAAUAAUAAAGGAACAGCAGUACAACAAUGUUAAGUGAAAUAUUAAAUGCUUAUAAUGAUGGUUAAGACUCAAACUAAUUAUAAUGAAUAACUAAUGAAUAGUAAAAUGUAAAAACGAUCAUUGAUGAAUAUUCUGGUCAAAGUAAUUUUUACAUUUUGAAUAAAAACUGUAAACUACACACUUUAUUAUAACUGAAAUACUUUUAAAUAGAGAAACAAGUUAUGUCAAAUAAAGGAUUUUGAA